AUGGUGUUGCAAAAUAGAAGGGUUAAUUCAGGUUUUCUGGUAAAGAAGUACGUGAGAAAAUUUAGGUCUGAUUCAAACAUUCCAAUGAGUAGUUUUAUGGAGACUGUGAAAGAGGACUGCAUGUAUGAGAUUUCAAAGCAUCAGUUCUACAGGACAAGAUCGAAAUGUGCAGAAAUUAUUAAUGGGAUUGUAGCUGAGCAGCACAAAAUUUUAUGGGAUUACGGUGAGGAAUUGAAGAAAACAAAUCCAGGUAGUAUAGUCCAAAUCGAAGGUUCGGGACAUACUUUUAAGAGAUUGUACAUCUGCAUAGGGGCUUGUAAGGAAGGGUUUAAGGCUGGGUGCAGGCCAGUUGUUUGGUUGGAUGGAUGCUUCCUAAAAUCUGCAGAUGGUGGACAGUUGUUGGCAGCUGUUGGCAUUGAUGGUGAGAAUUGUAUGUUCUCAUUAGCAUGGGCAGUUGUGGAUGCAGAGAACAAAACAAACUGGCAAUGGUUCAUAGAAUUGUUGGUUGGUGACAUAGGGAUGCACAACCCUCGAGCUUGGACAUUCAUUUCCGACAAACAAAAGGGUUUGGUGGAUUCAAUAAGUCAAUACUGUGAAGGAGCGGAGCAUAGGUGUUGUGCUAGACAUCUUUAUAGCAAUUUCACCUUAGCACACAAAGGUCUGGCACUUAAGAACCUAUUUUGGACUGCAGCAAGGGCAACAACAGUGCCCGAGUGGAAGAGUGCAAUGAAUGAGUUAAAAGACAUAAGUGAAGAGGCUUACAACUGGUUCCUUGAAAAACCUCCUUCCCAGUGGACCAGAUCCCAUUUUGAAGAGCAUUCAAGAUGUGAUAUUCUUCUUAAUAAUUUGUGUGAGGCAUUCAACUCUUCCAUUGUUGUUGCCAGAGACAGGCCCAUCAUCUCCAUGCUAGAGAAAAUUCGGCAUCAGCAAAUGAUAAGGAUGAAUGCAAAAAGGGAAGCGGCAGAGAGGUACUUGAAGGCAGACUAUGCAGGCAACCAGAAAUUUGAGAUAAGCAGUAGAGACGAUUUGAGGUGGAGCGUUGACUUGACAGAACAUGCAUGUGCUUGCAGAAAAUGGGAUAUUGGCAUAUAUGAAUACAUCGACCUAUGGUAUAGCAAGGAGACAUACCUGAAAUGUUACUUCCCAGUGAUCCACCCGAUGUCAGGGCCUGAACUGUGGCCAGAAUUGGGAAAGCAUCCUCUCACUCAACCUCAGAAGAGAAAACAGGCUGGCAGACCCAAAAAAUUGAGGAAGAGGUCACAGGCAGAGCCACCUACAGGCGUGAAGAUGGGAAGGACUGGCAUGAAGAUGACGUGUAAGCGCUGUGGAGGGUCUGGACAUAACAAAAGAAGCUGUAAGGAGGCACUGCCUGGUGAAGAUAGUUCACAGUAA